CCAAAUUUAAAGUGGGAUUGAUUGCUUCUUUAGGUCGUGUUAUAACCACCAACUUCUUACAGUACUUCCACUUCGACACAGUAUGAUGGUAAAGUAGUGCAAAAGAUCAAGGCACUACCUUUCGAGUGUCAAAAUGCGAUGUAAGGAUUGCGGAGAAGAUGUGAAAUUUGUCGCAGAAACAUUUGGUGCAUUAUGUUCUUCUUGUGGAGCAAUACAAGAAGAAGAAGUAUUUUUGGUUCCAUCCGUCGGAAGAAGGCUUACAAGUGAAGCAACAAAGCAGCAAUACAAGAACGCACAAAGUAUCACUGGCUCACGAAUCGCUUCUUUUCAUCGAUCUAGAGUGGAUGAACAACAAAGUCCGUUUCAAAAACGUCUAAAGAGUCAGGAUACCCAAAGGCUCAUCAAUGGUAUUCUCAAUGCUCUUGAUCGACCUUCGUUGGGCAUAGAGGCGAGGAAUGUGCUCUCUCAAGCUCAGAUAGCUCAAUCCUUGAGUGAGAGCGAGCAAGGGGCUACCAAGGAUUUGCUGGAGCCUAAACGAUUGCAUACAUCUGUCUGUGCAGCAUGCUUUAUCGUUGUGCACAAACGGUCACCAAAUGUGACUCUGUCGGAUGUGUGCAAGAUCGCUGAUCAAGGUUUAGGUCAGACAAAGACAGCUCUGAAUGAAAUCGAACGGCUUCUUGCAAAAGUUGUAGACCAAGAUUUGAACGAUUCGGAGGCUUCCCGCGAUACAGCGUCUACCUAUUUCGAAGCGCAAAUCCAAUUUAUCCUUGACCAAAUGAAGUCAUCCUCAGACAAAGGAGCACUGAUGAACAAAAGCGAUGAAGCACUCUGUCGGCGAGCAGGCGUAGGAUCCAAACCUUUUCGAAAAUUAGCAGAUCAAUUGUCUGAAUUGUGCGCCCACAAUGGUCUCUUCAAUCGUUCGGGCAAAAAAGGCGCAUUGUUGGACCUUGGGAUCUGCUCAUGGGCUAUCCUAAUGCUCACUAUUGAGGCAAAAUCUGGUGAACCUUGUUCGGAGAAGCGCUUUGCCGAGCUGGCAAUUUGGGCGCCAGGAUGGCAGGUAGGCAAAAAGAUGAAUGGUUACACAAAAGCACAACUUGGAUUUGAAGACUAUGAGGUAGUAGAAGAGGACGUUAAAGAAGACAGGGGCAAACGGGAAGAAGCUCGACGCAGUGCUAUCAAGACGGUAUCUACACUGGUUCAUUUCAAGUACAGUGAUAUCUGUAGGCUUGUUUCAGCUUAUAUCCGUUGUCUUCCGUGGUAUGACGAAAUUAUCCAUACGAAGAAGCCUAAGGGAAAUCGGAAAGCCUCUAUGAAAUCAAUCGAAGACAAGAAUUUUCCCGACCCGCUGCCUAGAAAGAUCAUCAUUGCUCAUCUUCAUGAAGUCAUCAAGCUGCGUAACAUGCUGGAAAAAAGCAUGCAGGAUACUCUCCGGGAACAGGACGAUGAUACCGAAGAGGAACCUGGAUCAUAUGGCUUCUUAUACGAUGCUCUUCUAGCACUAUCUCCUACUACAUCUCAGUCGGAUCAACGCUCGGUUUUGGCAAGAUCCAUCGGCUCUACAUUGCUCACUAUUGAAGCGCUGCAAGAGAUGGAUGAUCAGAUUGCAGAUCAAAUACUUUUUCGAGAAGGAGAAUUGAGCUCUUACAUUUCUUCUGCAGAGGAAGUUGCAGCGAAACGAGUUGCGUUUGCAGUUUGAUUUUCACAACGAUAAGUCGGGGCAUUGAGAGUGCUGUACAAUCAACGCCAAAAUAGCAAAAGACA